AUAAACGAAUGCUGGGCCGCCUGGGUCUCUGCCAUGUGCUGCUGCUGGUUGAGACCUGGGGAGAACCGCGGCUGUUGGCCGAUCUGGAGAAGGAGGAGUUUGAGCCCAAGGAUGGGCAACUGUGCUGGGAGCAGCUCAGCAGCGAGUGUUUGUCGGAGCUGCACAGCGGACGCUUCGAGGGCGCGCAGCAGCACCGGCAAGCAGAAGAAACGCGCGAAGGGGAACGUGCCAGGGAGGCUUCGCCCCUUGCGGAGGAUUCCCGGGGGCGGCAGCACUACCGGCUGCUGGUGCUGAUCACCACGGUCUGGCGCAACUUCCAACGGCGACAGUUGCUGCGCAACGCACUGAUUUGGUGCCGUCGUGGCACUGCACCGACAGGAGGCUUGGUCACCUGGCGUUUUCUCCUGGGUGACGCGCCGGCGCGCUUGAGGCAUUUGGCGGUGGCCGAAGCUGAACACCACGAUGAUGUGCAGCUGUUGGGUGGUCCUGAUGAGAUCGAUUACAGACAUGUGGGCGAUGCGUACAAUCUACGGGAGCCCAAUCCGGAGCUGUUGAAGUUGAUCGUGAGCUUCCGCCGGCUGCGUGCCGAGCUGACCUUCGACUACGUCUUAGUGGCCGACGAUGACAGUUUCGUGAGCGUGUCGAACGCCCUUGACCUCACGCAUAUGCUGCCUAAAGAGAAAGUCUACGUGGGCAACAUGAUCGACACCAUUCCGCAGCGCUGGCAUGAGGGUCGAGGUAUCGUGCAGGAAUAUUCGGUGAAUCUCUAUUUGGGUUCUCCUUCCAAGGUCCCCAUCUUUGCGCAUGGCAUGGGUUUCGUCCUCUCCGCCGAUCUGGCGGAGAUGUUGGCCGAGCUGGGCUUCUCCUUGAAGCUGCGCGGCAACGAUGACAUGCUCUUUGGGAUCUGGCUUCGGAGCAUUGAAGGCUUGCACUACUUGCACUACUGGCCCUUGUUCCACGACCAUGAAGCCUUUGGAAGCCUCUUCUCCCGGGCCUGUGACAAGACGGCGGUGGUGGUGCAUCGGAUGACCACGGAACGAUGGCGGACCUUCGACAGGUUCAGUUGUCACAUUUGUGGCGAAGAUGAGGAUCAUCAGAUGGCCCUGGAGCAGUUGAAGGAAGCCACUGAAGAUUUGCCGUCCAGCCCACUAGACUUCGACAGCUCCGGCGCUUUGCGCGUCGGGACCGUCGCGCGUCGAGGGAAAGUGCGACUGGCGAUCUUGAUCUUUGGUUCACGCUGGUCUCAGCCCCGCCUGCGUCGCCACCUCCGCCGUGCCCUCGCGGCCCCCUGCGCCGCGUCGGACGACGUGGUGUGGCGCUUCGUGAUGGGCCGCGUGCCGCUGGGAAAACCACGACGACGGGCCGUGGAGGAGUUGAUGAGGCACCGCGACAUGACAGCAUUGCGAUAUGCCGCGGAUGGCAGCUAUGCCUAUGAAGAAGCCUGGCCCUUGGUCGAGGAGCACUUCGGUCAUGCUGACUUUGUGCUGUGUUUGGAUCAUCGGUCUUUCGUCAAUGUGAAGGUGCUGUUGCAGCUGCUGGAGCGGCUCCCAAUGCAGCGGAUGAUUCAGGGUAAUCUCCUGGAUGAGUCCGUCUUCGAUCCCGACGACGCCCGGAGGAAGUACUUGUGGCGCCGCCGGGCGGCGUCGUUUCCGCAUGGCAUGGGCUUCGUCCUGUCCAACGACGUUGCGAAGUUCAUUGCUGAGAUGAGUAAGAAGCUGCCCUUGAGACAGGCGGAGACGCCGGUGGACGUGGCGUUGGGCUUCUGGAUCCAGCUGCUGGAGGACGUGUCCUUCCAGCACUUCCCCGAGCACUUCCACGAGCUGCCCAUGCGCUCGCAGCAACUGCUGAGCUCGGAGACCUCCAUGGAGCUCCGUCGCAACACCACGGCGCACACUGUGGUGACAUGGCCCAUGGGUCCCCGCUGGUGGCGCCACUUUGACCCUGGGGCGUGCCACCUCCUGGGGCCCAAUACGACCAGCGGCUCGGCCGCGGCUUUGCGCGUCACCAAGGAUGUCCACGACUGCUGGAAAGGGAUGCCCGGACGCCCCGAGGCGUGGUACCUGGCGUGUUGUUCCAUGGGUUGGGCCAACUGCUGGGGCAACGACUUCACUCCGGAGCGCUGCUGCAAGGUUUCCCCAGCCGAGCCGUUGCCAGAUCCUCCCUUGGGCCUGGAGACCUUGCAGAAGUUUCUGCACUUCGAUGCCUCGGAAGUGCAGCUCUUUCUGUCGGCCCUGAACAGCUCGGCGUCUUCCGGCUCCAGGCGGCCGUGCUUGGCAGCGGUGGAUUGUGCCAAGGAGGGGUUUGCUCGGCUCUACCUGGGAUUCUGGCAGCAACAGCUGCUGCCACUGAGACAUCCUUGGUUCGUCAAACAGGAGGAGGACGCACUGUCUGCAGUGAAUCUGAUCCUGCGGGAAGGGAAUCAGGGGCAAUUCCCCAAAGGUCAGGAGCACAUCUUGGAGCGCGUCCAGGUGGCCCACUUUCUCUCGAAAGUCCAGAGGCGUUUCGAGGAGCCCACCCUUCAGUGGCCGCGUUCAACGGGGCAGCGCCGCUGUUUGGAAUGGGACUCCGGUGGCUAUUCCCGCCACUUCUUUGCCAGCUUCUGUCAGGUGAUUGACGUUCUGACCUACAAGGGCGAUGGGGUGGCGGAGAAACGCCACAAUGAGAAUGGCAAGAUCGAUUACUUUGUGGACAUUCAUAUCGCCCACGAGGUGGUGCCGGAGAAUUCCACGUCUCUCGUGCUUUGCGCUCAGGUCUUUGAGCAUUUGCACCAGCCCUUCAUCGCCAUGCAGCAGAUCCAUCGCUUGUUGGCACCUGGUGGGUUCUUGGCCUUCACUGUGCCGCUGUUCAGUGAGAUCCAUGGGGCUCCGCAGGACUACUGGCGCUACACGCCAUCGGGCGCCAAUCAACUGGCCAUGUCGGCUGGCUUGGAGGUCCUCGAGCUCUACGCCCCUGGCUCCUUGCGUGAAACGGUCGGACACAUGUUGGGCAUGACCAAGCCUUAUUGGCAGGAGGAGGACAUGGUAGAGGAUCGUCAGGACCACUGGCCCUUGCAGGUCUACAUGCUUGCGAGAAAGCCCUGCCAUGCAGCCCUGAAACUGCUACGGCGAGAAACGUUGAAUGGUGGGGAAACUCGAAACGCGAAACACGAACGCAGUUUGCCAGGUUUAAUGGUGUUAGACACCACCAAGGAAUGGAAGGCGUCUCAGAUUCAUUGGCACGAAAGUCGGUUGGCCCAAAGCUUGGCCUUCCUCGCCGCACAGACGCACUUCUCCCAGCAUGUCCUGGACUCGUUGUGGCAACAGUUUCGGACCAGGAGCCCUGCGAUGAUUUUGGAAGCGCUUCCAACGCAGGCCGGCAGCGGCGACACCUUGCGGGACUUCUUCGUGGCCUCCAUGAGCUGCCGGAGAUCCUUCGUGCAGGACGGCGCCUGGCGCGAAGCACCGGUGGCGCAGCUCUUCGCCCAGCAGAGCAUCGAAGCGCGGCGCGCACGCGAACGGAUGCUGAGCAAGGUCCACCGGCACUUGACGCACGCCGGCAUCUCGCCGGAGGCCGCUUUCAGCAAGCUGGACACGGAUGAGGAUGGGGAGGUGACCCCUGGCGACUUCGCCGCCGCCGACCAAAUGGGCUUGGACCUGCCCAAGGAACGCCUAAGACUUUUCGAGACGCUGGACACGGCGAAACGCGGUUCCAUCAGUAGCGAGGAAUGGAUGGCCGCCUUUGAAAUUACCAGGCCAGCCCCCUCCGUGGCAGCGUCGCAUAGUGGUGAGCCACUUCCACCACCAGAGGAGAUGGCCGCGAAUGGCGAGGGACCCGAGUCCUUCCAUGGCUGUGGCUAUUGUACAGAGGCCUUCCCAGAAGUGAAUCAGCUGCAAGUUCACAUCAAGAUGGGCCAUGUGGGGAAGCCUUUUGCCUCCAAGCCUGCGCCUUUACCAUCCAGGGAGGUGCGUUUGAUGCACCAAACCCCUGCGGCGGCCAUCUCCAAGGGCAUCCCCCUGUCAGAGGUGAACCGGCACAUCACGCCACACGAUUGCUGGGUGGCCUUGAACGGGAAGGUCUACGAUCUCUCCGAGUUCAUGGAUAGACAUCCUGGAGGGCCCACCACCAUCUUGGCUUGGGCUGGAAAGGAUGCCUCGAAGUUUUUCAAUGAGAUUCACAAGGGAGUGAAGAUUGAUCAAUACCUACGACCUGAAGCGCAUUUGGGUUCGUUGGGUGUCGACGAGAGUUUGAUGUCCGAGGAGUUCUGGCACACUUUAAGGGAGGCCUCUCGGGACCGUGGAGCAGAGUUUGGCGACAAAAAAAGCGCGCGCAUCGUUGAAAUCCGGGAAGAGAUUGAUCGAGUCCUGAGCUCCAGUGCGACAGAGAGCCACAAAGCAGACAGCAUCCCUCGACUGAUGCAGGACCAAACGGUGGAUCCACAGCUGAAAGUGAAGAUCCAACGCCUGGAGACGCAGAAACGCGCCGCGCUGGACGCCGAGGACUAUUUGAAGGCCAUGGACGUCAAGAAACAGAUCGAAGACGUGUUGGCCCAUGACGAUCACGCCCAUUUGCACCAGGUGCCAUUGCAGGGCAGCUGGAGUGGCAAGAUCCCGUUGUCAGAAGUGGCCAGACACAACAAACCACACGACUGUUGGAUCGCCAUCAACAAGGUGGUCUAUGACCUGACCGAAUUUUUGAUGCAUCACCCAGAGCAGCGGAAUGCGAUCCUGGCCUGGUCCGGAAGGGAUGCCACCAGCAUGUGGGACAAGAUUCCAGGCCGCUUUCCCUCCAAGCAGUGGAUGGACUUCUACAUGCGGCCAGAGGCGCGCAUGGGCGAAGUGGGUGAAGAACCACCGGUGGAUCCCAGCUUGGAACAACUCAGGCAGUUGCAUGAUGAGUUGCGGCGUUUGGAAGGCCCUUCCAAGGAAGACAUCGCGGCGCAGAAGCAGGCCACGGCAGUGCCGGGGAAAGCGACGUGCCCACGCUGUCGGAGGAGGCGAUGUUUCGGUGAUGCCGUGAGUUAUGCCGAGCGGCCGAGAUCACUGCUGGAAAGGCGCAAAGCAUGUUGUGGGGACGCUGGAGAGUCUAUGUUGGAGUUGGCUGAGAUUGGACGUCGGGACAUUGACAACAAUGUGGCAAGUCCACCAUCGCUACGCACAGAGCUGCCGUUCUUUACACGCGCAGAGGUGGCAAAGCACACCGGGCCAGAGGAGCCUUACAUGAUCAUCCACAACCGGGUCUACAAUUUGAAGCCCCUUUUGUCAAGUCAUCCCGGUGGUGACGACAUCUUGUUGUCGAAAGCGGGCACGGAUUGCACUAAGGACUUCGAGGUCUUUGAACACUCUGAGAAGGCCCGUGUGCAACGUGACCGCGACCUGUUGAUCGGCCAGCUGAUGGCUGGGGAGACCACCGACUGGGCAGCUGAAACCAAAGUGGCGCAGGUCGUAGGCGAAAGUACAAGCUCAGAGCUGGGGCGAUAUUUCAGGUACAAGGUCACCGAUGUCGCCAUCCUGGCCGUGGCAUGGUAUCUCUACAAGACGGUGAACAACACCAAGCCUCUCUCGCAGUUCACGUACUCUCGCGCCCUGCGACAUUUGCAUCUGCUGAUGGCCGUGGGUGUCUUUGGCGCGGUGGGCACGGCGCAGGUGGCUCAGUACACGGAGGGACAGGCGAAGAAGCAGCUGCUGUGGUGGCACAAGCAGACAGGCAUUGCCAUGCUGGUGGCUCUCAUCGUUCGCAUCUUCUUGCGGUUGCGCAGUGGCAUUCCACCGCGGUUUCCGGGGCACCCCAUUGUGCAGAUGAUCGAGACGCAGAGCCUUCGUUUGUUUUACCUCUUCGGUGCCUUGCUGCCGCUGUCAGGAAUGGCCAACGAGUACUUCCUGAAGUGGGCGCCCGGCUCUGACAAGACCAGUAACCCAGAGGACGAUCGACGAAACGACCGCUUGGCCAAGCAAGCCAUGGACACGCACAAGAUCCUAGGAAAGGUCCUUCAGUUUGCCUGGCUCCCCUUCCAUUUGGGCUAUACCACCAUGUACCACUGGUCUCAGGGCCGUGGUGUGGUCAGGAAGGUUUCCCCCUUCAUUUGA